ACAUCAUGCUCAUGGCAAUCUCACCGCUGCAGCCCAGUGGUUCCAGUCUAUCUCAGUCAUCUUCUCGGGUUUCGUCGAGUUCCCCUCCAGAUCCUCAGCAAUUCAGAGUAUCACAGAUAAAUCCAAAUACUACCUUAUGUCUCGCCUGCUCCUCAUCGCUGCCUCCGCGUCUUAUUAAACACUCCUCAAACUCUUUGAACUCACCGGCAUCGAAGUCUACCUCACCACCGCUAGUCGAAUUCAGUUCCGAAGUCUUCCUUACACGAUGUUGCGGUAGACCAAUAUGUCCCUCAUGCCUUGAACAUAAUCCGAGACUUGCGAGGUAUGAUCCUUGUUUGGCGUGUCUUGGUGGUGUAGGUGCUGUGGGGCCGAGGUCUCAGGGGAAGAGGAAGGUGGAUAAUGGAAGGAACGUAAUUGAGGUGGACAACAUAGACGGUGCGGUCAGGGAUGAGGAUGUGUUCGCAAUUGGCGAAGAAGAGGAAGAAGAAUAUGACGUUGUAGGAGAGGCGGCAUCGUCGACCCCACCGCCUGCCUACGUCGAACUUGGUGACGAGGUCUCGCAGCCUUGGUCGACUGUCAAGUCUAGCAGUGAUCCUACAGGUGGAAAGACGAGCACUCGAGAAGGUGAUGCUUCUCCGAAAGAGAACGACGACGCACAGGCACCUUCAACUGCACCGUCCAAGUACUACAUCAAGCCAGGAGAUACCCUGAACGGUAUUGCUCUUCGAUCUGGUGUCGAUGGCCGCACUCUCUGCCGUCUGAACAACCUCCCUUCAAGCACCCUCACCACGACCCCUCACCUUCUCCACACUCGUAGCUUCAUCUCUCUCCCGCCCUCUCAUAAACUACGCGAUACACCGUCACAGCUCGAUCCAGGUACGCAAUCUGAAGAGACUAAGGAGCGAGAGAGGCUGAGGAAGUUGGAGCAGGCGCAGAAGCGGUUUCAGUUCGUGACGAAGGAGGUGGACUGGAGAGUCGCGAAGGCGUAUGUUACUCUCGCGGAUGGUGAUGAGGGUGGAGAUGAUGACAAUCAGUCAAAGGAGGGCAAAGAUUGGAAGGAGGCUUCGAGGAAAGACAAACAUGGUUUAGGAGAGGGAAUUCGAGAUGAGGUAGAGGGAAGAGCGGUGGAUAGGUAUCUGGACGAUGACGAAUGGGAGACUAGGACUGGUGGAAAGAUUGACAUCCAACGGUUCCCUGGGUCUUCCGGGCAGGCUAGCAGUAGCCGGGGAGGCGGUGAUGGGAAUGGUCGUGGGGGCUGGUUUAGGAAGUGA